AGCCAAUAGCUACUUUCCUUACAGAGGAGUUGGCAACACUGUGUGGCGGGAUAUUCAUAAACUUGUUAGCCUCUUCAAAGAGUGGCGAGUUUAUUUCUCACAAUUAUUAGGAAUAUUGGGAAACAGAAGGUUAAUAUAAUGGAGUGUUUGAAUGUUUCAAGAAUCCUGCCAAAUUCCCCACGAAAAGCAAGAGGACAGAUCCAGAUCAUCUUUGGCCCAAUGUUCUCAGGCAAAAGCACUGAGUUGAUGAGGCGAGUGCGUCGUUUCCAGAUCGCUCAGUACAACUGUUUGGUGGUCAAAUAUGCCAAAGAUACACGAUACUCCGAGAAGGGCAUGGCCACACAUGACAAAAGCACAAUGGAAGCAGUACCAGCCAACUGCCUGAGCGACAUGCGUUCUCUAGCUCAGCAGGCUUGCGUCAUCGGAAUCGACGAAGGACAGUUUUUCCCAGACACAGUGGAGUUCUGUGAGGAGAUGGCCAACAUGGGGAAGACCAUCAUCGUAGCGGCCCUGGACGGAACCUUCCAGAGAAAGCCCUUUGGUAACAUCCUGAACCUGGUUCCCCUGGCUGAGAGCGUUGUGAAGCUGAACGCUGUCUGUAUGAUAUGUUACAAGGAGGCAGCAUACACCAAGAGACUGGGGGCAGAGAAAGAGGUGGAGGUGAUUGGUGGAGCCGAUAUGUACCACGCGCGUUGCAGGAAAUGUUACGGUGGCCUGAUGGACGUGGUGGAGAAGGAGAAUAGCGCCCCCCACAGGGACGAGACGCCACCGCAUGCCAUGACAGGGAAACUACUUGACAACGCUACCGCACCACGGAAACUCUUCGCCACCCUGCACCUCUGAUCAUUCCCAGUAGAGAAUAUUCUUAAAGGGAUAUUUCACUCAGGUGACUUUUAAAGGGGUAGUUAACUUGAAUUGGAACUGAGUGAGAUGGUGAAUUAUCCCUUUAAGUUUUAGGUUUGGUAUUUGACUGGAGGAGGAGAUGAGUUUAAAGGGAUAGUUGUUGACUCAAUUUUCUAAUUUCAGUAAUGAACUAUCCCUUUAAGUUUUGCACUUGAAUGAGCAUGGACAACAAAUGACGCUGCAUCAAUCCACUGAACUGUAUAGUAUUUGUGUAACUGUCAUUUUAUAGGGCUUAAUAUACUUCAAUGUAAAUAUUUCUAAUACAUUGGCCAAAUUAGUACAUAUCAUAUUUUGUAAGACUUGGAUUCACCUGCUAAAAC